AUGAGUCCGCCAUCCAAAGAUGAUAGUGAGGAGGGCAUUCGACACCUCGAAAGUAUCACAUUGGAUUACACACCACGCAAGUACUUUUUUGGGUUGCGGGGGCCCCCUUUGAUGAGAGGAGUCACUGCUGCUGGUGCAAUUGGCUUCCUUUUAUUUGGUUAUGACCAAGGGGUCUUUAGUGGUGUGAAUACUUCACAAGACUUUCUCAGAACUUUUGAUUACCCCAAUUCUAGUUUACUUGGAACUAUUAACGCCAUAUAUGAGAUUGGCUGCUUUGUGGGAGCGAUCAAUGUAUUCAUUGUCGGUGAAUAUCUUGGUCGGAAAAAGUGUCUGUAUGUUGGUGCAGCACUCAUGCUUGUAGGAGCUAUCCUACAAGCUUCGGCCUUUCAUACAGUCCAGAUGGUUAUUGGUCGCAUUGUGUGUGGAUGGGGUAACGGCUUCAACACUGCUGUCACACCCCUGUGGGUAUCUGAAUUGAGUCCUGCAAAGUCGCGCGGACGUCUCGUAUCGGUCGAAGGCAACCUUAUUGCGGCCGGGGUUGUGGUCGCCUAUUUUUUCAACAUUGGAGUAUCCUAUCUGCCACCAACUGACCCCGUAAACUGGAGACUGCCCAUUGCAUUCCAAGUGGUAUUUAUCGUAGCCCAAGUUGGGCUUGUGUUUUUUCUUCCAGAAUCACCACGGUGGUUAGCGAAAUAUGACCGACACGAAGAAGCCUUAGAUGUGCUUUCACAACUCUCGAGUAAAGACUUUACGGAAGGCAACAUGGAAGCUCAAAAAUUAAAAGUCCAUAUUGACAGAGUACUUACCUUGGAAGAAGCAGAGGGCCCUUGGCACAUCCGUGAGAUGUUUAUGAGCGGUCCAUUGAAAAUAAGACGCCGAUAUAUGCUAGCUUGCGGGUUGCAGAUAAUGCAACAGCUGUCGGGUAUCAAUGUUCUGGUUUAUUAUUUCCCCCACAUUCUUACCACAGAUGUAGGAUAUGAGGAGAAAGUUUCCUUAUACAUAUCUGCCGGUCUUGCUUUGACUUAUUGGGUAUUUUCUCUGAUUCCAGUGAUCUGCCUGGAUCAAAUGACUAGACGGCAGCCCCUUAUAUGGGGCUCGGUGGUCUGUAGUAUAAGCUUUCUACUGGCAGGAGUCCUUCAGAAAGAUAUCACCGUCGUCAAAGCCAAAGCCUCUAUGGUGUGGUUUUUUGUCUUCGAGGCGGCCUUUGGAUUUGGCUGGGUUCCAAUCCCAUGGCUUUAUUCCCCAGAGAUUAUGCCGCUUCGCCAUCGAUCCCACUGCGCCGCUCUUUCUACCGCAAGUAAUUGGAUAUUCAACUAUCUGAUUGUCCAGAUCACACCCAUCUCCAUUUCGAAUAUCCGAUGGCGAACAUAUAUGAUUUUCUUUGUUUUAAACCUUGCGUUUGCUGUAAUCGUGUUUCUUUUCUACCCAGAAACAAGCGGUCGGUCUCUUGAGGCAAUGGACGACAUAUUCAUGGGCGAUAAUGACGUGGUCUUCGUCGUGGGCAAGAACGGACGACUUCGUCCGGGAUUUCGAAGCAACUACAACGGGGGCGUUGAAAUUGAUCAGGAGGGUCAGGAGGAUGUGAACAAAAAGUGA